AUGGGGCCUGAGGCUGGAACUCUUAUUGUGAAAAAACUCCGAUCGGAAGUCCCAGCGUUGUUCUUUAAUCCCACACCACCCGCUGCCACCAUGCUGCUGCUCGGGCUCGUGCUCGUGCUGUCGGGCCGCGCGCAGCUCGCCCCCCCCGAGGUGACCAUCAGCCUGGACGAGGAGCCCGUGGUGCGCUGGGACCCGCUGCUCGAAGCCUUCGAGCCGGACUUCCUGCGUAGAGCCGCCGCGCAGGUUAUCGAUACUACAGUUCCAAAAUGGCUACACGAGGCUAUCAUUCCUUUGGCGCUGGACCUUGAAAGGUACAUUCCUCAGCCAUACGCGGGGGAAAUCCGCGGCUUGGCCUCACACCUUGGAAACCCUUCAGAUGUCAUCCUUCUCAACUUUGCCUAUGAAAUAUCUGCAUUUUGCACCAGCAUCGUAGCUCAGGACAACGCAGGGCACGUGUACCACGGCAGGAACCUGGAUUAUCCACAUCCUGUUCUGAGGAACCUCACCAUGGACGUAAUAUUUCUCAAGAAUGGAAAGGAGGCAUACCGUGGAACGUCGUUUGCUGGAUACAUCGGCCUGUGGACGGGACAGAGUCCUAACAAGUUCACCAUCUCAGGAGACCAAAGAGGAACGGACCGCUGGUGGAACUGGUGGAAGAAUGUGGUGUCUGCUUUCAUUUUACGGAGAUCCCCAGUCAGCUGGCUGGUGAGGGAGACACUGGAGGAAGCGAAGGACUUUCAGGAGGCCGUGAUGCGUCUCUCCAAGACGCCCAUCAUCACCGGGGUGUACUACAUUGUGGCUGGGGCGCGGGCGGGGGAAGGGGUCGUCAUCACCAGAAACCGAGCAGACACGGCUGAUAUCUGGGCACUGGAGCCUGUGAGUGGAGGGUGGUAUCGAGUGGAGACAAACUUUGACCACUGGCUCCCGCCUCCAGCCAGGGAUCACCGGCGAGACGCAGCCAACAAAGCACUGAACGCUACUGGCCAAGAUCACAUCAGUAUGGAGACACUUUAUCAGGUUCUGUCGCUGUAUCCGGUGUGUAAUGGAAGAACCGUUUACACAACAAUAAUGAGUGCAGCGACCCCCGAGAAGUACAACACAGUGGUUAGGCCCCAGGGCUGCCCACCGAUCUGACGGGAAGUGAACGGUUGAGACUGCAAAGGUUCUGACUGUUGGGUUAUUAGAUUUAAUGACCAACGAGUAGAAGGGAGUCGGACUCCGUGUGCGUGUGUCAGUGCUUUUAGGCUGCUAAUGAAGAUGGCUGUUAAGAUCUUUGUCACCUUAGGUAAACACAAUUGAAAUGUAAAGCUUAAUAAAAAUUGUGCUUGAUUGGUA